UUAAAUAUAUAGAAAUAAGAAUGUGGAAAAAAGUGCAAUUGAAAAAGUAAAGAGAGAAAGAGACUGAAGAAAAAGCUUAUGUGCUCUGAUUGGCAACAUUAUUGUUUAAAAAAAUUCUUUUUUAAAUAAAAAAAUUUUUUUGACCAACAAAUAUACAACGCGGAAAAAUAGUGUGCAUUCAAGGAAGAUCGUGGGAUUAUCAGCCAGAAGUGCGGAAGAAGAAACUGCGUCGCGGAAACAGUAUAAAUACUCGUGCACUUCCGGAAGCGCGUAUCUAGCAACCGCGUGACCCAUGAAAAGUUCGGUUCCGUGCUAAUUAUGACAGCGCAAUGCCGUGAACGCAUUCUUGUCGAUAAAGUUCCGUGUCCAAUUCACGCUCUCAUCUCUAGAGCUGACGCGAUCAUCAAUAAUAUACUACAGCGCAUAUCUAAAAAAGAGACUGGAAAAUAAGAAAAAAGAAGGAAUACACACAAGGUCAAGGACAUACAGCAAAGCAAAUCUAAAACAGUGCAAUCCGCAUUUUGGUUGGCUUGCUUAAAGGGAAUUGGAACUCAUUUUUACGAAGAAGAGAAAACACAACAUUUUAUUCUGACUUAACGAGGAAGACCGGCCGCGAACGGGAGUUUUUCCCGUUAUCUCCGGGACGAGACGAGAAAAAAGAGGAGGAAAAAAAUUUCGUCUGUUUGACGCGAAAUUUUGUAGGAGGAAAUCUCACUACUGCUUACCUGCCACGAGACCGCGAUAAAUAAAUCAGAUGAACAAGAAUGAGACGUUCUGAAUGAUUUUUUAUCAUUCUGGUGACAAGAAUAACCAAUCGAAAUAAACGAAGGAAGAUGGUAUAUCGGGGCAGUUUGCAGACAGACGAUCCCAGAGAUGCACCGAAACUGGUCCGCAUGUCUCCGUUGCGUAGCAGCAGACAAAUCAAUUCGGCCGGCCCGAAUUCGCGAACUGCCGUCACUAUUAAGGAUCCGACUUGUCAUACUUCAUACGCGAUGCCGAUCGAUUCCCAUCGGGCGCGACUAAUUGAGGAGAGGCGAUUGGGUCGCGAGCGGGACAUUGAGUCGGUCGAAAAGGUGAUCAUGAGGACCACCGGUAUAAAAAUUGGAGCGCCUAGAUUACGUAACAUCAAUCAGAUUCGCGAAACAGUCUUCGUGGAGCAGUCGCUUACGCCGAUGGAUCAGAUUGGUAAGCCAGAUUUGAGAAAUCGACCGCGAAGCGUCGCGAUUGGUCUCAAAGAUGGCAACGUCAGAACACCGAGGACUCACAGUUCCCUUCUGGCGGACCUGAAAGACCUAGAGAGACUGAGAAAUACUCCAACAAGGAAUCACAAAAGUUUUUCGCAAAGAAUGGAAAAUUCGGAAUCAAAGUUGAUCUUGAAAAAGUACGACGCGCCGACUUCAGCCAAAAUUCGAUCAGACAUCUUUAAGAUUCAACAGAUGUUCCAGUCUGUAGAUCCUUCGUCGAGGACGAUUAGGAGCAGCAAUGACAGGAAAAUAAAAAACGAUACAGAGAAAGAGAAGAAGAAACCUGGAACAGAGAUGAAUAGGACUCGGUUGCUGGCGCAAAAGCUUCUGGAAGCGUCGAGAAGUAAUCGGGAGUCGAAGGUAAAUCAUCAAUAUAAAAAUCCAAAGAACGCGUCCAACAGAUCAUUGAAUAAGGAAACAAACGGAAAAGCAUCGAGUAAGGUCCAUCAAGAGAUUUUAGAAAAGGAUUCGAAAGAUAAGCACAUUACGAGCAAGCAGAAAGAGGAAACAAAUUGGGACGAUCAGCCGCAUCCGCCAGCUCGUAGAAGGCGAAACUCCAAGAAUCGAGGAUGGAAGGAUGCAGAUCAUUACGCAAAUGAGCCCGAAGAUCGAGGGUUUUGUAAUUCUUUCAAUCGCGGGAAGGAGUUGUCAAACGGGACAGCGAGUACGGAAGAGAAUUGCAAGGCCAGUUCUAAUCUGGAAAGACCGGAUAUUCUAGACGGGCUGCUGAAGGAGUCCGACCAGCAGCUAGCGAACCUGAAAAGCGAUCUAGGCGAGAGAGGACGUUCGCGGAGUCAUUGGCGAGGAUUCGUACAAUCCAUGAGGCUACACGACGUGGAGCUCCAUUCGGACAGCGAGGAUCAGCGGAAGGGUGAGUUUGCAAAUCUCAUAUUCUUUGAAAAAAAUUCAAUUCUGAGGGAGAAGUUACUUCCCUAAUAGCACAACAUAUUCGAAAGACAUUCAGAGAAUAUUCGGAGGACAUUGGGACAUCCCCAGGAUGUUCUUUAAACGUCUUCGGGAUAUGUGUGCUAGUAAGAUUCCAGGACCUCUUAAUUUGAUAAAUGUGUU